UGAUGGAGGCGUGAACAGCGACAAAGAGGCGAGGGAGAUACAGUGAACGUGCAUCUGAUGAGGAUUUUAAAAAGCCUGCAAGCGCUAGUGUGACUCAGUGGGUUGGUCUGAAGGAGAAUACAUGGACUACACAAUGCGACUGGGAAAUACACCCACAGAUGCCAGUGAAUGCGUUCUCUAUUGGAUGGUUGGAGGCUGGCUGUAUUGAUCAGUUGAUACUAGUCUGGAGAUUAAUUGGCGAGAGGGUCGCAGACGGUUCCACCAGAAUCAUGCAGUGUUGGCAGCAGCCGACAUGAAUGACUGAUAAAGGAGAUAUUCGCGAUAUUCGAGCGAACAACACAAGCACCAAGCGGAGAGGAUUGUGUAGACAUCUAUCGGACUUGAAUCAAGCCACGCAUGACGUCGCCUCGGAUCCGAUGGACCUCCCUCGCAGUUGUUAGAAAACACGCAAACGGACUACAGAAUCAAACAUUGGUGAAUUUGGUGAAUGUAAUAGAUUGAAGUGUUAAAACGUUUAUUUUAAAAGUGUUAAAACGUUAACUUCCACAAUGGCUCUGGUCAUGGAACCUGUGAGCAAGUGGAGUUCGAGUCAAGUGGUGGACUGGAUGAAAGGGCUGGAUGACUGUCUGCAGCAGUACAUUAAGACGUUUGAGAGGGAGAAGGUGGGGGGAGAUCAGCUGCUUCGUAUCACUCACCAGGAGCUGGAGGACCUGGGAGUGUCCCGUAUCGGACACCAGGAGCUCAUCCUGGAGGCUGUGGAUCUACUCUGUGCUCUGAACUACGGUUUGGAGACAGAGAAUCUGAAGACUCUAUCCCAUAAGCUUAACGCCUCAGCCAAGAACCUGCAGAACUUCAUCACAGGGCGGCGUCGCAGUGGUCACUAUGACGGCCGUGCCGCCCGCAAGCUGCCCAAUGACUUCCUCACCUCUGUGGUGGACCUCAUCGCUGCAGCCAAGAGCCUGCUGGCAUGGCUGGAUAGAUGCUACUUCUUUUUCAGGUCUCCGUUCGCAGCAGUGGCAGACUACUCCAUGACAAGAAACAAUGUGAUUCAGCUGUGUCUCGAGCUCACCACGAUUGUACAGCAGGACUGUUCUGUGUAUGAGACCGAAAAUAAGAUUCUGCAUGUGUGUAAGACUCUAUCUGGAGUGUGUGAUCACAUCAUCUCUCUGUCCUCUGACCCGAUGGUGUCUCAGUCAGCCCAUUUGGAGGUAGUUCAGCUGGCCAACAUCAAGUCUACUGAGGGACUGGGCAUGUACAUCAAAUCCACAUAUGACGGCCUGCAUGUCAUCACUGGAACUACAGAGGGAUCUCUGGCUGACCGCUGUAAGAAAAUCCACGCAGGCGAUGAAGUCAUCCAGGUCAAUCAUCAGACAGUGGUGGGCUGGCAGUUGAAGAACUUGGUCAAUUCUUUGCGCGGGGAUCCCGGGGGUGUUAUGCUGACUCUUAAGAAGCGCCCACAGAGUACACUCACAUCCACCCCAGCACUACUGAAGAACAUGAGAUGGAAACCCUUAGCCCUGCAACCCAUCAUCCCUCAGAGCCCCAGCAGCAGUGUGGCCACGCCCACCAGUACCCUGAGCACCCCGUCCAGGAGAGACAGCUGUGCCCUGCAGGACCUCUUCAUCCCCCCGGCCCCUGAUGAACCAUACACCCCCAGAGAUGACAAGGGGAAUCUACCAGGUGACGAUGACCUCCAAGCUGAAGUCCCGGUAGCCAAGGGCUCUGAGUCCCCCAACUCCUUCCUGGACCAGGAGUGUCGCCGACGUUUUCCUCUGGUGGAGGAGGAUGCUGUUCUCUACUGCUACGAGUACGACCAGAACCAUGGACCUCCACCUGCCCGCAGGGACAGCACCCCCACUUAUGGCAGGCUUAGGCCCAUCUCCAUGCCAGUGGAAUAUAACUGGGUGGGAGACUAUGAAGACUCGGCCAAGCUGAAAAGAGAGAGCAGGAGAGAAAACUCCUUGCUGCACUAUGUGAGUCAGAGUGAGGACAAGGCCAUGCCAGAGGAGUACCUGACAGGACGCAGCAGGAAGAAGAGUGACAAAAGCAGCCCUGCCCACUACGCCCUCCACCCAGCCCUCCAGAUGGAGGUCUCCAUGUCCACAUCCAGCUCUGACUCUGCCUCCCUCUACCAUAUGUUUGAACGAUCCUCGCUGCUCUCAAGGUCUAAGAAGAAAAGUAAAGUAGGUGGCUCUCUGUCCUCCAUCAGUAAGAGGCGUAUCUCCUGUAAGGACCUGGGGCGUGGGGACUGUGAGGGCUGGCUGUGGAAGAAGAAGGAUGCUAAAAGUUAUUUCUCCCAGAAGUGGAAAAAGUACUGGUUCAUCCUGAAAGAUACCUGCCUGUACUGGUACAUGAAUGAGGAGGAUGAAAAGGCAGAGGGCUUUGUCAGUCUCCCUGAAUUCAAGAUUGAUCGUGCAUCUGAGUGCCGUAGGAAGUAUGCUUUCAAGGCUUGCCAUCCAAAGAUCAAGAGUUUCUACUUUGCAGCAGACAAUGUGGAUGACAUGAAUAGGUGGCUGAGUCGUUUGACCAUGGCAGUGGCAGGUUACUCGGAGCAGGAGAGGAUCCGGCAGGACCAGGACUACUGGAGUGAAAGUGAUCAUGAGGACACGGAGAUGCCGUCAACCAUACCCAAACAGGACAGCCCUCCACCCCCCUACGACAGCUACCCCAGGCCCCCCUCGGUGUCCCAGAUGAGUCCAUACCUGGAGCCCAAACACGGCCGCCUCUCCUCUGAAUCCUUCCAGUCACACUCCUCUCAUGAGGAGUUCCACCCCGAGCCACAGGAGGGCAGCAGCGGGAGCGGCUCCCCUGGUCAGAAGUCUUCCAGUCAACGGCGUUCGUGGCAGGACUUGAUUGAGACUCCCCUGGGCAGCACGGGGCUCCACUACCUGCAGACCCUGCCCCUGGAGGAGGCCCUGCUGCGUUCCCCUGGAGGAGGUGGACUUUCUGUGGAGUACCGCCGCCAGUCAACCCUCCCUGCUCAGCGCAGCCUGAUGCAGGAGCACUAUGGCCCACUACCCCUGCAACUCAGCCCCAGUGUCCCUGUAGAGGCUGGGGGGAAACCCCGUAGCUUCACCCUUCCCCGAGACAGUGGGCUCCAUGCCAUACUCUCAGCCUCGGCCAGCGCCUCUGACCACACGGACCACCACCGCUACCAGCUGGCCAGAGACACAGGCUGCGAGCGGGAGGGACGUCCUCAGGCUGACUCUUUGGGGGACCUGUACCGGGCCCUGGAGAGGGCCAACCUGUCCUCCAUAGGCGAUCACCGGCCCUCCUCCCGUCUGGAGUACAAACGCUCCUUCGUCCGCCGCGUCAACGACCCACUGCUCAGUGAAAAGCUGCACCGUCUCCGCAUCCUACAGAGUGCUCUCAAGAAUGUUCCUCUUCAGGACUCUGACCCAUCGUUGGGGUUUUUAGGAUAGCCUAUGUGGAACAGACCAUGGACACAGCAGCGCCAUUACAGUCAUCCCAUACAUCCUGCCAAGGGACGUGCCCUUACUGCCCUACCCCAGACAUCCCCUCAUCCCUGGAAGACCAUAACAACCAGUGUUACACCCCUCUCUUUCUCUCUCUCUCUUUCUCUCUCACGCACUCACUCAAUCUCACUCUCUCUGCAUGCCCACAUCUGCUUCUAAGGACCUUUCCUCAUGCAAAAUAAUUUGUUCAGUGAGCAAAAUAACGAUAACAUAUUAAAUAGAUGGGAUGACUAAUUAUCCAAGUUUGCAUCAUAAAAUGCGUGCAAUGCAUGUUCACACUAUUUACUUAAACUCUGGUUCAAUAAUAGUCUUCUUCUCAUUGACAUUGUUAAUCCUUUGAUGCGUACAAUCACAUAUUUUUGUGAUCAUUGUUGAAUGGUCCCUGCAGCGUGCGAUCUCAAAUACGUGAUUGGAACAGUAGUAACAUAAUGUAUGAUGCAACAAACGCGUCUAAACACCAUUGUUGUCUGAAAAGCAUCAAAAUAUUUUUGUUGUAUUGAUGGAAAAUAAAGUUCUUAAACUUUAUUCCUCAAUUUUAUAUUUUAUUGUAAAAGAUAAAUGCGAACUUCAUCAUCCAAGCAUCACACGGAACACAUACACAGCCAAACUCAUUUCAUAAACCAGUCUAAAUAACAGGUUGCGCUGACAAAAAAAUUAAAAUGAAGUUAGUGACCUAACAGCUAGACUAGUUUACAAUGUACCACAUCUCUGGUGAGCAUGAGACUAACACAAUGUUGUUUAGAAAAGAAAUGCGUGUUAGCUAUGCUAACAGCUCAAUUCUUUAAGAUGGCAGCCAUGUUGGUUUACGUUUGACAAGCAAAAACUCUCUAAUCCCAGAAUGCUAUUCACUAUAAAACGCAAAUAAACAAAAUCAAAGAUUGCUGCGCUUAUUGCCUGAAAAAUAUUCACUUAGUUUAGCCACUUUUCAGCAUAUUACAAAUUGUUGAUGUACUUGUUACAGUGUAUACAAGAACUGGAGCACAUGACUUGACAAGUCAUUAACCAUUUCUGACAAAUCACAAAGCAAAUAAAGGUUUUUACCUCACAGAGCAUCACAUCAAAUACAAGCCUACUGCCUAGCCUAACCAUAGUGCAAAACCUAA